AUGGAGGCAAACAAGAAACAUGCCUUGGGAAAGGAGCUAACAUAUGCUGAUUUCCCAACAAAAUUCGUCUGGAUCUCAAAGCAGCGGCAAUGGAGGAUACGAAAACAAGGUUUUGCCAUAGGCAGACUGGUGUAUGUCUCACCUUCCGCUGAAGACGCAUAUCAUUUGAGGAUUCUUCUCAAUAUAGUCAAGGGCCCUGAGAGUUUUGAUGACUUAAAAAAGGUUAAUGGUGUUAUAUACUCUUCCUUCCGAGAAGCAUGCUUUGCGCUUGGUUUGUUAGACGAUGAUAAAGAAUACAUCGAAGGAAUUAAAGAGGCCAGUUUUUGGGGAACUGGAAAGUUUCUUCGUAAACUUUUUGCUAUAAUGCUUCUUUCGAGUAGUGUAGCAGUUCCGAUCAACGUCUGGAAUGCUACUUGGAAAAUAUUAACCGAGGAUUUCUUAUAUCAGAAAAGGCGUGAAGAGAAUGACCCAGUUUUGGUGUUGACUGAAGCCCAAUAUAAGAAUCUUGGUUUGUCAGAUAUAGAGAAGUAUAUGCGCAGAAACGGUCAUUCAUUAUCCGACUAUAAAGGAGAGAUGCCAGUCCCUGAUGAUAUUGGAAAGUAUAAGAAAUCAAAUCAUCUAAUUCGGGAUGAGAAAUCAUACGAUCGUGCAAAACUUGCAAACGAUUAUGUCAAGUUGUUUUCAACAAUAACCAAUGAACAGAAGGAUAUCUACAAUGAGAUAAUGGAUGCAGUUACAAGAGGUAUCGGUGGAAUGUUUUUUGUUUAUGGAUAUGGUGGGACAGGUAAAACGUACAUAUGGAGGCUUUUAGGCGCUGCUCUUCGUUCUCAUGAAAAAAUAGUUCUCAAUGUUGCAUCAAGUGGCAUUGCAGCAUUGUUAUUAGAGGGAGGAAGAACAGCGCAUUCUCGGUUUGGAAUAUCCAUAGUUGUGAACGAGUAUACAUUCUGUAAUGUGAGUUCUGGAUCACACCAAGCAGAGCUGAUUGAAGCAGCCGAUCUUAUUAUAUGGGAUGAGGCUCCGAUGAUGAGCAAGCAUUGUUUUGAGACAUUGGAUCGGACUAUGCGUGAUAUACUAAAGUGUGAUAAGGUCUUUGGUGGAAAGGUCGUUGUCUUGGGUGGUGACUUUCGACAAAUACUCCCUGUUAUUGUCGGAGGCAAUAGCUCAGAGACUAUAUUGGCAACUGUGAAUUCUUCUCAUAUUUGGUCUGAUUGCAAAGUUCUGCAGCUAAAGACAAAUAUGAGACUGCUUCGUGGCGAUAAUGAUUUUAAUAAUCAAGAAAUUGAAGAAUUCACCAAGUGGAUCUUGGAUAUUGGUGAUGGAAAACUAAAUAUUCAUGAUACCAUAGAAGAUGAAUUAGAAAUUCCAGCGGAUUUGCUGAUAAGCGGAGAAGGUGAUCCUGUUAAGAGAAUAGUCUCGGAGAUUUAUGGUCAAUCUUACACAACCACUCGUGAACCAGUUUUUUUUCAGGAAAGGGCAAUACUCAGUCCACGGAAUCAGGAUGUCGACGUUAUUAAUGAAUUCAUGCUAUCAGAACUCAAAGGUGAGGAACAUGAAUACCUUAGUGCCGAUAGCAUUGAUACUUCAGACACAAGCAAAAUAGACGAAGUCGUCUAUACAGAGGAGUAUCUUAAUAGUAUAAAGGUAUCAGGGCUGCCAAAUCAUUCUCUCAAGUUAAAGAUAGGAGCUCCAAUAAUGUUGCUUAGAAAUAUUGAUCCUAAGGGUGGUUUGUGUAAUGGUACGAGGUUGCUUAUUACUCGGUUAGCUAGGUAUGUAAUCGAGGCAAGCCAUAUAACCGGGAAGAAAAUAGGAAAAAAGGUUAUCAUACCUAGAAUGUUUGUGUCACCACCAGAAGCAAGGUUUCCUUUUAGAAUGCGCCGGAGGCAGUUUCCUAUUACCAUAGCUUUUGCUAUGACUAUAAACAAAAGUCAGGGUCAGACUCUACAAAAGGUGGGAUUAUAUUUGCCAAAGCCAGUGUUCUCGCAUGGUCAACUUUAUGUCGCCGUGUCUAGAGUUACAUCACGCCAAGGGUUGAAGAUUCUUAUUACAGAUAUGAAUGGCAAAGCACAAAAGAAGACAAUGAAUGUUGUUUACAAAGACGUGUUUGAAAACAUUUAUAGAAAUUCGCGGUUGGUUUGA